AUGUCUGACGACGACGAGUACUACGAGUGGGAUGAUGAGUAUCUGCUGGAAGAUCUUGUGCCGGACCUCGUUGAUGAACUCGCCGGAACUUCAUAUUAUGAAGCUGCCUUGUACGAAGACCCUGCGAUGGAUGUCGAAGACUAUUUCAGCGACUGGGAAUACUACUCGGAUGACUACCAUGAUGACGACCCGACUGUGAAACACAACCCUGCUGUAGUGAAGGAGAUCGAUGCCUCUACGAAGCCACGCCGAUCAGCUGGUUCGCGAACAAAUAAUCGACUCGGCCCACCGAAGUCCACCCUGAAGCCGGAUGUAACCACUUUUCAGGGCGUCAUUUGGAGGACGCCAAAUCUGGAGAAGGACCAGGAUAUCGCUGUUCAAAUAUACGAGCCCGGGCAUGGAGACAAGGUCGCACUAUUGGAAGACUGGCGGGAGAUUUUCAAAUUUGCCCAGCCGGCGCUGGACAAAUCACGAUUGCGAAAGAGAAAGGCAAUGGAUACAUCACUAGUGGAGCCAUCUUUUGCUGAUGAUGAAUUCCCCUGCGAGGAGGAGUAUGACCCGGCGGACAGCUCAGACCAGAUGUCUGAUAUUCUGUCACUGGAGAAUACAACAGAUAAUGGGGACGCAUCGAACACAACGCCGGAGUUGAUUCAAUCGCCAAAGGAGGUGCCCAGUCCGGUCGUGACAGCUCCGGCCAAGAGAGGUCGCAAGCGAAAAGCCGAGGUUUCCCCCGAAGAAGAACAUGCGAACGAGGCAAGCGGGAAACCCCCUCGAACCCGAACCAAACGACUAGCCUCGAAGAAUGAAGCCAGUACCGAUGUGAAAUCUGAUCCGCCACCCUCCCGCGUGCGCAGAUCUACCAGACGAGGCUGA